AUGUAUUAUAACUACAAUUCCAGUGGACAGUGUCACUGUUGGCAAGGCUUUGGGGGAAGGCAGUGCACUGAGUGUGAGCAGUUCCAUUGGGGAGAUCCACAAGUGCAGUGUGGAGAGUGUAAGUGUGAGCCGCUGGGCUCGGAGAUGGCUCAGUGUGACCGUGUGACGGGGGCGUGUCAGUGCAGGGAGGGGACGGCGGGACGUCGGUGUGACGAGUGUGCCCACGGCUUCACCGGGACCUUCCCUAAGUGUGUCCGGUGCCACCCCUGCUUCGAGCUGUGGGACGACGCGGUGUGUAUGAUCCGCCGGGACCUGGACCACAUCCGUUACAACAUCCAGAGGAUCCUGGAGAGCGGAGAGACGCCCGGCGUGGGAGACAAACACAUCCAUGAGCUGGAGAAUAAACUGGCCCAGGUACAGGACCUGAUCCGAGACGGAGACCGGGACAGACAACACCAGCUGAUUGGCCAGUCCAUCGAUGACCUGAGGGCGGAGAUAGCUCUGACUGACGGUCGUCUGAUGGGUGUGACCCGCGAGCUGAAUGGGACAGCAGUGCAAGACGAGAUACUGACGAGGAACCUGACCCAGAUGGAGAGAGACCUCAUGGACCUUAACACCACCCUGGUGGACCGACACCAAGAACGGAGGAACAACCUCAGCUUCGGAUUCCAAGAUCAGUUUGACAAUGUGAAGAAGUACUACCGUGGGUCCCAGGAAGCUCACCAGAAGUGCAGCGCCUCAGUGUCUGGUCCCUUCAGCCCCGUCGAGGAGUCUAAAGCCACACGCUCACACACUGAGGACCUUCUUAACAAGACGAGGGAUGUGUUCCUGCGCACGGCGGCAGCCCAGAAGAAAUCACUGUCAGAGCUACAGGACAAAGCCCAAGAUGUAGACGAGAAAGUCCACCACCUGAGCCACCAGGUAUGUGGUGGCCAUUCCAACACCAGCUCCAAUGGCACAUGUCAUUACAGCCCGUGUGGGGGUGCUGGUUGUCGUGACGAUGGCGGUCAGCGGGUGUGUGGAGGGGACGGGUGUAAGGGGACUGUGAGCGUCUCCCUAAAGGGACUGAAACACGCCAGUGAUGUCAGUGACAACCUGACGGCUGCCAGUGAAGACCUCCGGGGCCUGGUGAAGAAGCUCCAUGACAUAGCUAUGCUGACCCAGGACGUUAAAAGUCAAGCCAUGGACAACUUGGACAACGCCAAGAAGAAUAAGGACUUCUUUGAAAACUCUAAUAAGAAACUCAAGGAAUUCAUUCAGAAGAUCAAAUAUUUCCUGACUGAGGAGGGUGCGGACCCAGAGAGCAUAGAGAAGGUGGCACAGCAGGUGCUGGCUAUAUCUCUGCCUGUGAACAGAACCACUCUGGACACUGUUGUCCAGCAGAUCAAAGACCACAUCAGCAACCUGACAGAUGUACAGGGGGUCUUCAACCACACCUCCCAGCAACUCCACCGGGCCAAGGAGCUGCUCAACAGAGCUAAGGAUGCCAAGACACGAGCAGAAGGAGUGAAGGACACAGCCAACAGGACUAAGCAGGCGUUGGAUGCAUCUCAGAAAGCCAUUCAGAAAGCAACCAAAGCCCUGGACCGUGCCCUGAACAACCUGAACAGCACCAGGAACGCCACCGCAACGGUGGAAGAGAACCUUCAGCAUCUGGAGACCAAUCAAAUGGGUGCUAUGAUGCGACUGGCCAACCUGUCCAUGAGGGUGGAGGAACUACAGGACAAGAUAGAUCAAAACAUGGAGAUGGCCCAACAUGUCAAGAACCAGGCCACAAAUGCCACCCAUGCAGCAUUGGGACUGGAGCAGAGGCUGAAUGAGACGGAUGAUCUGUACAAAGACCUGCAGAUGAAGGUGGACUCUCUGGGUGGGGCCUCUGGGGACCUGGGGAACGUCAACCAGAGGGCCAAGGAGAUCAAGAAGGAGGCUGAAGACCUGCUCACUAAGGCCGACAAGGGCAUAGAAACCCUACGGAAGCUUGAGAGGAAGUUUCGUAAUAACGAGCAGAGAAUGCUGGACCAGCACACCGAGCUAGGAGAGCUGGAGAGGAACGCCACGGACGCACGGGAGGCCAUACGACAGCAGGUGCAGACAUACAACAACUGCAACUGAUGUAGGGGAGAAAAAACUAUAUUCCAGAAAACUGGUUCUUUAUUCCCGUUCUUCCUCUGUAAAAUGUGAAAUGAAUUGAAUAAAAAAUAAAAAUGUUUUACAAAAUAAAAUAAGUACAGCAAAUG